CUGUCGCUGGAGAGCAAAGAAGAGGAGAGAGGUGAAAAAAAGGAGUGAAAUGUUGUAAAAGCUGAACAAGUCCGACCCGAGUCAGGGGACAAACGCGGAGGGACGACGCAGGAGGAUUAUUCUUCUUUGUCUCAUUACUAUUAAAGUCAGUAAACUCCCGCUUUUUGAUGCUGUCCUCACGGAGGUUUGAGCCAAUAACGGACUUAUUGGUCGGCUGAACCAUGCAGAGGCUGCUGCUCCUGAGUUUGGUGUUGAGUUUUCAAACUGUCUCUCCAGUGUGGACGGCAAGGUUCUCUCAGGAGCCGGCAGACCAGUCGGUGGUGCGGGGCCAGAGGGUGAUCCUGUCCUGUGUUGUCUUCAACUACUCAGGCAUUGUUCAGUGGACCAAAGAUGGCCUGGCUCUGGGCAUCGGCGAAGACCUCAGGGCGUGGCCCAGGUACCGUGUCCUGCGCGUGCAGGAGCUGGGCCAGUACAACCUGGAGAUCCUGUCAGCUGAUCUGUCCGAUGACUCUCUGUACGAGUGCCAGGCCCCUGAUGCCGCCCUGAGGUCCAGGAGGGCCAAGCUCACCGUCCUCAUCCCCCCAGACGACCCGGUGAUCGAUGGGGGUCCGGAGGUGCUGCUGAAUGCGGGGGAGAGGUCCUACAACCUGAGCUGCGUGUCUCGAGCCAAACCGCCUUCUAUGAUCGAGUGGCUUAAAGACGGUCUGCCUGUGGAGGGGGCCGCCAGCACCACUGAGGUGCUCCCAGGAGACAGGAAGAGGGUGACAUCACGAAGCUACCUGCCCAUCCAGCCCGUCGACAACCGUGACACCGGAGGAACUACAGCUGUGUGGCCACACAACCUGGCAGUCCCCACCGGCGAAAAGCACAACUGUCCAACCCUCAAUGUUCACCAUCCACCCACAGUGACCUUGUCCAUUGAGCCUCGCUCUGUCCUGGAAGGGGACAGAGUCACCUUCACCUGCAGGGCGCACGCCAACCCUCCUAUCAUGGGCUACAGGUGGGCCAAGGGCGGCGUGGUGCUGCAGGGCGCCAGGGAGAGCGUGUUCACCACCAAGGCUGACCACUCCUUCUUCACCGAGCCCGUCUCCUGUCUGGUCUUCAACGCUGUGGGAAAAACCAACGUCAGCAUCCUCGUGGACGUUCACUUUGGUCCGAUUCUGCUGGUGGAGCCGCAGCCAAAAACGGUAGACGUUGACUCCGACGUCACCCUCAACUGCAAAUGGGCCGGAAACCCUCCGCUCACGCUCACCUGGUUCAAAAAGGGUUCAAACAUGGUUCUGAGUAACAGCAACCAGCUGUAUCUGAAGUCGGUGAGCCAAGCGGACGCCGGCCAGUACGUGUGUAAGGCCAUCGUCCCACGGAUUGGAGUAGGAGAGACUGAGGUCACGCUCACAGUCAACGGUCCCCCUAUCAUCUCCAGUGAUCCGGUCCAGUAUGCAGUAAGAGGGGAGAGAGGAGAGGUGAAGUGCUACAUCGCCAGUACGCCUCCUCCAGAUAAGAUUGUGUGGGCGUGGAAGGAGAACGUGUGGGAGAAGGAGAAAGGGACGCUGCUGGAGAGGUACACGGUGGAGCAGAGCAAGCCGUCGGCCGAGGGCGGCGGCGUCCUCUCCACCCUCACCAUCAACAACGUGAUGGACUCUGACUUCCUGUCCACCUACAACUGCACGGCGUGGAACUCUUUCGGGCCGGGCACCAUGAUCAUCACGCUAGAGGAAACAGAGGAAGUCCCGGUGGGGAUCAUAGCUGGUGGGACGGUGGGCUCGACCAUCCUCCUGUUCAUUUUUCUGCUGGUCCUCGUUCUGAUCUUCUACCGGCAGCGCAAAGGCAGUCGGCGCGGGGUCACGCUGGGUAAGCCCGACAUCAAGGUGGAGACGAUAAACAAGGAGACCCACAGCUUGGAGGAGGACUCCGGCAGCGUGUCCACGGCUUCGCGCAUGGUCAAGGCCAUGUACUCGCCCUUUAAAGACGACAUAGAGCUCAAGUCUGACCUCCGCAGCGACACCCUGGACACCCGCCAGGAGUACGACCUUAAGGACCCCACUAAUGGCUACUACAACGUGCGAGCCUCCACCCACGAUGAAGGCCGCCCUGCCUCCCGCUCCACCUUGCACUAUUCUGACUACCGCUCCCCCGCAGGAACACCAGGGGGAGCUGCGUCUAUCAGCAGCAGUGCCGGAGGCUCCGGAGCCACUGCCAGCGGAGGAGCCCCCGGCCCCCCCGGGCCCCGCACCUCUCCUGGCCGCCCCCAGGCCUGCUACGACCCCCGGCCCCCCUCCAGACUGUCCCACAUCAGCUACGCCCAGUUCAACACCUUCACCCGCGCGGGCCAGAGCCAGCAGCCCCCGCCUAACCCCGCCCCCGUGGCCAGCGACUUCCCGGGAGACUGCAGCCUCCUGGACUCCACUUCCCAGCUGGCCUAUGACAACUAUGGAUACCCCUCGCAUUACCAGACCUACCGCAUGGGUUUCGCCCCAUCCAGCUUGGCCCCGCUGGAGGCCGGACCAUCCUACGAAAUGUACGGCGUGGGAUCCGGUGUGGGACCCUCGGUGGGGAGCCCCGGGGUCGGCGUGGGUCCCGGGGGUCCCGCUCCCUCGGGAUCAGAGACUGGACUCGGGAAGUACGGCAGCUCCACUCGCUUCUCCUACACCUCGCAACACUCUGACUACUCCCACAGCCGACACACACAGAGGAUGCAGACUCACGUGUGAGACCGAGAGAAAACACCUCACAGUCUUAGCAGAGCAUGAGGACGCAUCUUAUAAAUAGUGUCACAUCGGAAAAACACACACAUAGAUUUACACGCACACAUUUUUCCAACACGCCCUACUGAACACAUCACACACAUGCACAGUCAGAAGACCAUGCCCGUGAGACAGGGAGGGUUCGAGAGAGAGAAAAAGAGACAAGUGGAAAAGUUUUAGUGAGACAGGGAAGGGAAAUUCCACACAAUUUUGAAUUCCCUCACUCCCGAUGUGUUUGUAUAUCCGAGCUCUGAAAGAGCAGACGGCGCAAGUCACAAUCAAGACUGGGAACGAGAGGGAGAGCCAGAGGAUGGACGAGAAAUCACAGAUCUUCGGAGCACUAUAGGUUUUUGCUAUGACUUUGUAAAUGAGGAGAACGUCUUAAGGGAAAACUGACUGACUGUCAAAUAUCGGGAGAAACCUCAACCAGUGGAAGUCAUUUCUGGCCGCCAUUUUUAAAAUUUCUUUGCUGGUUGUCUUGUUCAGCAAUCAUAGAGCACAUCAGGCUUGGGUGGUAUAUAAUUUUUCAUACCUUCCUGAAAUUCCAUCAGGUUACACUUUAGGCUAUAUGACAACUAACUUUCAGCUUUUCAGACAAACAAAUACAAGGUACAAGGUAGAUUUAUUUGUCAUUUUUCUGAUAAGAAAACAAAAUGAUAAGAAAAGUCAUAUUCUCUCGCCUAUUUUCCUUUUAACCUGAGCAGAUUGGCUUGAUUGGCAACGAGCAACUUAACAAGAAAUGGCCCAAAAAUUGGCAGGAAAUUAGUAAAAAGUUACAAGAAAAUUACUGGAAGAUAAGCAUAAUAAAGUAAAG